ACCUCUUUUUCUUUUAUGACCUCUGGAAGCAGACAAAGGGGCUGUGUGUACAGCUCUGUGUAUUCACACUCUUCUACCUCUUUCUCCAUCUCUCCAGGUUCUUCUGUCUUCAUUAUUCAUUUCUGUUUCCAUGUCUAUUUCAAACCAGAAUCUAGCGGGUGGAGAUUAUUAGCUGCAUUGCACCCAUUUGUCAGUUACUGUCUUCACUGGGAACGUUGUGAGAAUAUAGCACAUCCUUUUCCUGGAUGCUUUGGUGGCAGUCUUCCUGGCUCAAGCUCCUGCUGGGAGAAAAAAAGGCUAAACUGCGGAAGAGGCAGCUUUCUGCUAGUUGUGCAUAGCGUCCCCUUCUGGCAGGAAAUAAAGCCAGAUGAAGUUACCAGACUUGCUCUUAGGACAGAAGUUAAUUUUGAAAGUGUCUGCAGAAAGCCAAAUUGUACUGCAGCUGAGAGAGCCAUUGCAAGACUGGCAACACACCCCCUCUUGAAACCAAGAUUCAUUGAACUUAAAGCUGCUGUAAAAGCUUUUAAGGAUGCAAGAAAGAACCCAGCAAAAGCCACUCCUUUGAAUAAAGCUAAGUCAGAAGAACAGCCUAAAUCAGCACAACAUUCCAAUAGCAAUCUGGAUGACCAAGCUCUUAAACUAGGUCAGAAACAGCAAGGAUGUGAACGUGAAACAAAAAUGGGUAGGAAAAUAGAAACUGACAGGGUGGCUGAAGACCUUUGUGACAGUGAAUCUGAGCAGAAAACUGUGGAAAUUGAGAGAGCAUUUACUCCAGAAGAAUCUUCAUUUCAGGCAGUAGAAAUGCAAGCAGUCACUCAGAAUAAAACAGGAAAGAAACUUGGCUAUCAAAAAAGGAAAGAAAAUAUGAGCAUGAACAAAUUAAAUGCAAUAAAAGAAAUAAUUAAUGAUGAUAGUGACCAGGAACAUCCUAAUGAAGAGGACUACUUUGAUGAUAGUACUGAAGAGAGGUUUUAUAACCAGUCAUCAGAUUCUGACAAUGACAGCAAUGAUGAUUUCUUCAUUGGCAAGGUAAAAAGAAAGAAAAAGAUACCAGCAGUUACUGAUCAUUCUUCAGCAAAAGGAAAGGAUAGACUUCAGAAAAACAUAGUGAAGAAAGAAAAGAACAGUGGGGCAGUGCAAGAUUUAGUCAUGGAAGAAGGAAAGCCAUGUGCAAAAGCAAGCAAGCUGGAAUCAAUGUUCUGCAGUUCUUUGUCUACCUCUAAUCAGAAAUCUCAAAACAGAAGAAGAAAUACUAAAGACCACCCUCUCAAAAAUGGAAGAACAGCUCUUCUUAAAAAGGAACCACAGCUCAAGAAGCAACCAUUUGCAAAAGCUGCAGGUGUUAAAUGUGACAAUAAGAAAGCAUGUUUGGAGCAGCCUCUUCAUCCGUCAUGGGAAGCAAGCAAGAGGCGCCGGGAACAAAUGUCUCAAAUUACAGCAUUCCAGGGGAAAAAGAUUAAAUUUGAUGACUAGACUAAAUGUAAAUUGAGAUUUUUAAAAAGGAUUCUUGCAGAUUUGCACCCCAUGGUAUUUUCUUACAAAUUAACAACCGCUGUUUGAACAUUUUUGUUAUACUGUCCUUAUCCUUUGCAACCUAUAAAAUAGCAACUGCUGAAACUUACCAUCUGUUACUAAUGAAGAUUGCCUCAUGUAUUCAGUGUGCUGUCUGCUGAUUAAUGUAUGCUCAUAUGGUGUUGGUUCACAAGUCCCAUUAUGUAAUGCCACCAUUUAUGAAAUACUCUAACUUGAAUGAAUGGUUUUUAGGAACAUCAUUUGUGCCCUGUAGGAAUAGUAGAGAUUCUGGAGCUUUUUUUGUGUGUAAAAAUGUACUUCAAAUGAUAUGAGGACUUGAAUGUCAAAAGAGAGGGGAAAAUACAAAAUAUUGAGGUGAUAAUCCUAGGACUGUAUUAUCAAACACAUCUCAACUGAGAAAAAGUAGGAGAUUCUUAAACUUGAAGACUUCACAAAUUCAUGAAUGUAUCAGGUAGCUGGAAAAGCCUGUCAGAAGUAUGUAUGAUAUGAAAAUUUCUGGAGAGCAAUAAAAUACUGGCCUGUUAAA